AUGAACUUAGAACAGUACUACUCUUCUGAGUAUUCGCUUAACUCUCCUUCUUCUUCGUCGGGUACGGACCGAAGAUUAGGUUCAUACAGCAGCUUCGAAUCAAACCAGGGUUCCUCAUUCUUGUCGUCGCCAACUCAAUUGGUGUCACAUAAGAAAAGGGCAGGCAGAAAGAAGUUUAAGGAAACCAGACACCCAAUUUAUAGAGGAGUGAGAGAAAGGAAAAAUGAUAAGUGGGUUUGUGAAGUUAGAGAACCAGGUAACAGCAAAUCAAGAAUUUGGCUCGGAACGCAUGAUACUCCUGAAAUGGCAGCCAGAGCUUACGACGUUGCUGCAUUAGCUCUUAGAGGUGAAUCGACUCCAUUGAAUUUUGAAGAUUCAUUGUGGCGCUUACCGCGCGCUAAGUCAUCGUCUGCCAAAGACAUUCAAUCUGCUAUUGCUGAAUCUUAUCAAGCUUUACUGUCUACUGAGUCACAACCGUCAUCCAUGACGGGAAAUUCGUCACAAUCUUCUACUUUCCAAUUUUCCAGGCGGGUCGAAAAUAAUGUUGAAGAAAUUCAAGAAAGUUCUUCGAGAGGGACGUUUUUGGAUGAAGAAGCGUUGUUUAAUAUGCCGUCACUAAUGGCCAGCAUGGCGCAAGGAAUGCUACUUGAUCCACCACAGGAAGGUUACUUUUUCGACGACGUGGAAUGCAGCGUGGACUACGGCAGUUUGUGGAGUGACUAA